UCUGUCCAGAAGCAGAUUCUAAAACCAUGUUGCAGUGCUUGAAGCAAAACAAAAACAGUGAACUGAUGGAUCCUAAGUGCAAACAGAUGAUAACCAAACGCCAGAUCACACAGAACACAGAUUACCGCUUAAACCCUGUGCUAAGGAAAGCCUGUAAAGCUGACAUUCCUAAAUUCUGUCACGGUAUCCUGUCCAAGGCCAAGGAUGAUUCAGAGCUAGAAGGCCAAGUCAUCUCAUGCCUCAAGUUGAGAUAUGCUGAUCAGCGCCUGUCUUCUGACUGUGAGGACCAGAUUCGCAUCAUUAUCCAGGAGUCUGCUCUGGAUUACCGCCUCGACCCUCAGCUGCAGUUGCACUGCUCAGAUGAG